CAGGGACUGUCACUAGCCCAACCGUCGCCUUGACUCUAGCCCUUGGAGGAAGCCAGUCAUGGGAGAAACAGGCAAAGAAGAGUAUAAAAUACAGUCAUUUGACACCGAGACUCAGAAGCUGCUGAAAACAGCCCUCAAAGACCCCAGCAACGUGGACUUGGAGAAAGUAGCCAACAUUAUAGUGGACCAGUCCCUCAAGGACUGUGUGUUCAGCAAGGAGGCAGGGCGCAUCUGCUACACCAUCAUCCAGGCAGAGAGCAAACAAGCUGGCCAGAGCGUGUUCCGGAGGAGCCUGCUGAAACGACUGCAGCAGGAGUACAAGAACAGGGAGGAGCUGCGCGCCCGCUCGCUCCAGGCGUGGAUCUGCUACGUCACCUUCAUCUGCAACAUCUUCGACUACCUAAGGGUGAACAACAUGCCCAUGAUGGCUCUGGUGAACCCCGUUUACGACUGUCUGUUCCGGCUGGCGCAGCCCGACAGCCUGCAGAAGGAGGAAGAGGUGGACUGCUUGGUCCUACAGCUCCAUCGCAUCGGCGAGCAGCUGGAGAAGAUGAACUCCCAGCGGAUGGAUGAGCUCUUCUCGCUGCUCCGAGACGGCUUCCUCCUGCAGGAGGGGCUCAGCUCCCUGUCCCAGCUCCUGCUGCUGGAGAUCAUCGAGUUCCGGGCUGCCGAAUGGAAGAUGACGGACGCUGCCCAGAAGUAUUAUUACAGCGAAGUGACAGAUUGACCUCUCUGCAGCACAGCUGGAGAGACGCCGCCAGCACUUUCACCAGCAAGCUUCAUACCAAGUUUGAAUUUCUUUUCACGUUAAUGUUCUUCUAGCACUUCCUGUAAAUAGGAUUUGUACUGGCUAGAGCCUCUGGGCAUGUAACUGUCAGGCUGCAACUGGUGCUUAACCUGACUUUGGAGGUUUGGAGAGGUGGGAAGGGCA